UGAAGGCAGAAGAAGUUGUAUGUCUCGCGAUCUUCCACUCGACAUUCUGUUUCCUCAUCAGUGGCAAUUAAGACUACAGUAGAGAGAACCCUGACUGCAUCACGGAACCAUCAGAACCGAACCAAUGCCCGCUCGUCCCAAGUCGCCUACAGUACGCCAGUACGCCUACAAGUGGCUGCUUUCCCUUGGGCUGUAUCUGAUCGGGACCGGCGUACUGGCCAUCCUCAUACCUUCCAUAUUACAAGACAAUACGGCUAGCGCUUUUAGGAACUGCGCUAUUGCAAUGACAAUCAUGUACAUCACUAACGUGAUCCCCGUGCAGCUUACCGCCUUUCUGCCUCUCGUAUUCCUCUCCUCCGACUCAAUCCGAACUGACAGUAUUUCGCCGUAUUAUUUUUCCAUGUCCCAACUACAAGCACUCGCAUCUUUGAUCAUAGUGGUAUCCGUGCAAUCCACCAGCCUGUAUUCCCGUUGUGCCUACAAGAUAAUCCAACACGUAGGCACACGUGCACGUUUCCUUCUUUACAGCCUCGUGGGAAUGUCCUUCAUUGCUGCGUUCUUCCUCGAGUCACUCGCUGCCAUGCUCGUCUUGUUCGCGGUAUGCGAGAAAAUCGUUGCCGUGCUGAAGAUGGACGAAAUCCAGCGUGUGCAACGUAAGGUUCUCUUUGACACGGCCACUUGCCACAUGCCGACGAGAUUGCGCAAGAACCUGCAGGAUUACGUGCUGUGCGAAGAAUGUGCACUGCCCGAAAUGGAAAUGCCGUGCGACAUGGACAUAGAAGGCGGGGUGUCCUCUGAGGGGACAGGUGAUGUGCCCGGUGAGGCCCCUGCCGCGUUGUCCAGCUUAGCAACAACCCUUCAGCCUGAAUCGGUGGACGUUCCGAUAUUCCUUACUCGCAGUGAUUUUCCCGCCGAUGGCUUUAGCGAGGGACACGGUGAACAACGGGAUGCACAUAAAGAACGUCACGUCGAGACUGUCAACGAGAUCGAAACUAUUUCAUCCGGGUUCUUAAAGAGGCGUAAAUCCUGCAGCGAAUCGCAACCGGAGCAGGCACAGCAGAGGGAAACAGCGCCUCAAGGACCAGUCUCAGAAAUGGCAUCAGCGACGUGUAAGAUCACCAAUCACGGGACAAAAGCUGUGGUGAGUGACAAACUCGACCAAGCUACAAAAACGAGUCUGCAACGGCCUGCCACGACGUUAGAAACGGAGGAAAAACACUCUGAAGGUAACAGAGCAAAGCAGGAGAAGAUCGACGACGCGCCAUCCCAUGAGGCCCCACUACAUGACGUAAAAAAAAUUGGCACACAAGCCAGCGCGCGAGGAGUCAGCAUACAAGAUGAUGCCGUGAGCCAGAGACAUGACCUGAUCACUGAGGCUGCGAUGAUUCUCCCCACUUCAUCCAGCGAGACACUGAAGUCUAGAAGGAAGACCCGUAUUUCACUCGACAUAAGUCGUUCACCAUCGCCGCCGCCGCGAAAGAAACCACCUCCUUCGCAACACUGCCCAGAGUUCCUUGAAACAUUCGUGAAAGAAAGCGUGAUUUUGCACAGCAUCGUGACAUGGAAGACCUCGCGGUACGUCGUCAUGCAGGGCCAUCUGAUGUAUGGCAUCGUGCUCCUCAAUGUUGUCGCCUCUAUAGUUCUGCCGAGGAGCCCGUCCAACACCUUCUUUUUCGAAUACGCAAGCAGGACGUUCAACGUUACCGAUAUUCACGAGGGCAAGUGGCUAAUACUGUCGCUUCCAGCUGCGCUCUCCGCCGUAGCUGUUGCUGUGCCGUGUCUCGAACACCAGCUCUACCCGUUCUUCGACGCGAAACCUGGACCUGACGCAGAGCGAGAGAUACGGGAAAUAAUUGCUGACAACGAGAUGAUCAUGGGACAAAUAAGAGUCCCAGAGAAAGCCCCCAUCGUCUGCUUCGCAAUAUGGCUAUUGCGCAUGAGCAGUGUGUGGCGCAUAUUAACAGGGGAAUCGGAACCGCAUCUGGCCAUUGACUACGGUCUUGUUGUCAUGCUGUUUCUGUUGCCCGCCAGGCUGAACGAAGCGAACGACCAGACGGUGAUUAACAUCAUAAGCAAACUACCCUGGGGCGCCGUGCUUCUCAUCGGAAGUGUCUAUGCGUUGAAGUCUGGAUGGGAGGAAAUCGUAGAGCAGAGUUGGAUCAAGCAACUGUUGCGGACCCAUCUGAGUGGAUCGAACCCGUUGCUGGCGCAGUUUCUUCUCAUAUGCACCUCCUGUCUAUUCACCGAGUUCAUCAGCAGCGUUGGGACUGUCUCUGUCUUGCUCCCCAUUGUCACUGAACUUGCGCGCGAUAUCCCUUGUCACCCAAUGUACCUGGAGGUACCGCUGACGCUAGCGGCAUCCACGACUCUGAUUCUGCCCACCUCCAGUAUAGCCAUGGCCCUUCUGUACGACAUGGCCGACGUGGGCCCGCCAAGCACGGUGUUUCCCGGCCUCGUUGUAAAGGCGACGACUGCUGUGGUCAUUGCAUUGACGACUAACUUCGCUGGGUGGUACGUCUUCCAGUGGAACGUUGCCUAUGAGAACAACUCAACGUCCAUCAACGGUACCUUGCCGCUGUCCAGGGCGCCAUUGCACCAAAGCUGAUCCAAGUUUAUUGUGACGUCGAAAUGUUUUGACACGAAUACCAUUUGGGAAACAAUUGUUUGAAUAUAUUCUCGAACAAC